GGUUAGCAGCAGACGAGGAGGGAGGGAUCGCUGCGCAUCAGACAGACGCUGAAAUCACAGGCGCAUGCCCUUCUGCAUCGGAUGAGGAAGAUGCCGUGCAUCGGGUGGCUGCUGAUGGCAGAGAUAGGCAUACCGCAGGUGCAUCGGAUGAGGGAGGAGAUGCCGUGCAUCAGAUGGCUGCUGAUGACAGAGAUGCGUGUACCGCAGCCGCAGGUGAGGAAGAUGUCUCUGGAUGUGCCGUUGACUCUUCUUCAACUGAGGGAGAGACCAUUACGGGGCCUGAAGAAGAAAUCCGGGACAGCGAGAAUGUUGGGAGUGGGACUUCUUCUGAUCUUGAAUGCGCUGUUGAUAGGCCUUCUGAUCCUUACCCUAGUGACAGGGCUAAUUUCCCUGUUGACAUCUCUGACAGUGAUGUUAAGAGAUCGAUUAUAAAGCAGGGGCCAUGCAAAUACGAAGGCCCCUAUCCGAGGGAUGCUAGAGGCAGGUGCUUUUCUAAAGAGUACUAUAACCGUGUGUCCAAGAAAGGUACACAGAUAUCACGCAAAUGGUUGUGUUACUCUCCUAAAAUGGAUCGUGUGUAUUGCCAGUGUUGUUGGUUGUUUGGUGACAGAACGUCUGUGGGCCAUAAUUUGGCAUGGACAACCGGGAUUAAUGACUGGCAAGGUCUUUCGCGGAAGAUCAGAGAGCACGAACAUGCCCGUUGCCACUUGUCAGCCUGUGUUGUGUAUGAUACAUGGCAGCAAAAUGUAACCAUCGACGAAAGGAUUUCAUCUGAUUUCAAAAGUGAGGUUAGUUUUUGGUCAGAUGUUUUAAAAAGGAUUGCUGACGUUACAUUAACCCUUGCGUCCUGUAACUCCGCUUUCCGUGCGCACCACGAGAAACUAGGAGAAAUCAAUAAUGGAAACUUUCUGGCCCACAUCGAACUCCUUGCGCGUUACGACCCCGUGUUGGAGAAGUUGAUCAGAAGUAAAAGUAAAAUCAAAUACUUAAGCCCAAAAAUUCAAAACGAGAUGAUCUCAAUCAUGGCACAAACUGUCUUAGACGAAAUAGUGAAAGAAAUCCAUGAGGCAGAAUUUUAUUCGGUCAUAUUAGACACAACACAAGACAUUUCCAAAGUGGAUCAGCUAAGCCAAGUGCUCCGCUAUGUCACGAUUCCUAAAGAUGACAAUGAUGUGCCCUCAGACGUGCAAAUUCACGAGAGUUUCAUGGGUUUCCAUUCAGUCCACGACCAAAGCGCACACGGCUUAGAAAAAAUUAUUCUCGAGCUGUUAGAGAUGAAAGGAAUCUCGGUCAAUAAAUGCAGAGGACAGGGAUACGAUGGCGCAGCCACAAUGAGCGGGGUCUACUCUGGCUUACAAAAAAGAAUCUCGGAUAGGGAACCAAAUGCAAUGUACGUUCAUUGCGCUUCUCACAAUCUAAAUCUAGUUUUAAACGAUGCGUGCCAGAAUGUGGCAAAGGUGAGAGCGUACUACGAUACAGUAGAGAAACUGUAUGACUUCUUCAGCGCAAGCAUUAAACGUUGGGAAAUUUUGGAAGUGCAGUUCAAAGUGGCAGGGCAGCCAACUCUUAAACGUCUAUGCCCGACACGUUGGGCAUCCAGAAAUGAUGCGGUGCGCGCCCUUCGGUUUCGUUACCCAGGCGUAAUGAAAGCGCUCACUAAAAUAUCCCUGCUGUCCAAAAAACCCAAAGAACGCGCGGAGGCCACUGGUCUCAAAGCCAGCAUGGAAAAUUUUGAAUUUGUGUUUCAAACGGUCAUACAGGCAAGCCAGUAUCUCUCAAGUGCGUCUGACAGCCUUGCGUCACUCAGAGGUGAAUAUGACAGCCUCAAAGAAGCUGCCCAAGACCUGGCCAAAUUGCGGGGUAUCUCUCCUGUAUUUCCCGAGAAACGCAACAGGCGUACGAAAACCUAUUUCGACGAAUUGUGUGAGGACGAAAGGCUUACGAAUGCAGAGGAGAAUUUUAAAGUGUCGGUCUUCUACGCCACUUUAGACAUAGUCGUUGCGCAGGUGGGUCGCAGGUUUGAAAGCAUGCGAGAAGUGGCACGAAGGUUUGGGUUUUUACGCCCCGAGGAACUCAUCUCGAAAUCCGAUGAUCCUGUCAUUUAG